AUGAACGAAGAACUACGCGGCCUCAGGGAGGCACACUCUGUAGUUUCAGGCCGGGCAAAUGCAAACAGAAGAAACGUCAACUUCAGACAAACCCCUCUACCUCUGGGUACUCGCCAGAUCAGCGCUGGCGCUGUCUGGAAUGUUGGUGGGCCUUCUGCUGUGAGUGACACAGUAGUAGCAGUCUCCACUGGUAGAGGUGGAAUGCUUGGGAGUGGAACAAACGCGCCAUUGUACAAAUCGGCUUUCCUGAACCGAGCAGAUCCCGAUGCCGAACUUGAAGCCUACGAAAGACGUCUCGCACUGGCGCUCGACAUUGACCCGACUGAUCGCAUCCUCCAACACUCAUCUUCUCCAGUGUCGUCGAGCUCACCACAUAGUGGUCCUGCAUCGCAGGCAAAACAUGUCUGGCGAGACGGAGCUUGGACUAGGGACGGAGUCGUUUCGAUUCUCGAUGCCCCUAACCUCCGCGACGACUACUACUGUACCCUACUCGCAUAUUCCUACACCUCCAAGUGUCUGGCUGUCGGCCUAGGAAAUUUUGUUCAUCUCUGGUCUGAGAGAAACGGUGUCAACACGCCAGACUCGCUGAACGCUGUGCCGCCAAACGGUCCCGCAGAUGUUCAGCACGUCACAUCCUUAGACUUUUCCUCUACAGCAGGCGGUCAAGCGAUCCUUGCUGUGGGACGAGCCGAUGGCCGCAUCUUGCUAUGGAGCCCACUGGAUGCUGAGCCACGAUUCGAUGCAACUCAACCCAAGCCUGUAUCGUGUGUAUCCUGGAGACCGACUGUUGUGCAACGCCCUUCUCUCCGAGAUAGAGCAAUGACUGUAUCGACUGAGGAGUUGCUCAUCGGGGACGAAGUCGGUCACAUCUACUUUUACAGUGUAGAAUGGCCGUCAGAGACACACAGUGAACUCUUCGGUUGGACUGGCGCCAUGACCCUGCUGGCUCGACUUUCAAUCCACAGCCAACAGAUCUGUGGUCUAGCAUGGUCGUCCGACGGUGAGCUUUUCGCGAGUGGGGGGAACGACAACAACUGCAAUCUUUUCGAAACGAAGAAGGUGCUCCGAUCGAACCCCGCAAGCGAAAACACAGCAGCAAUCCUAGACGUCCGCGAAGGUCCCCGUGGCGAAUCCAUCUACACCGUAACCAACCGUAGCAACAACGCCGUCCUACACCUCGCGCAAUCAGCGGCAAAACACACAUGGACACUCAAUGCCGCCGUCAAGGCCAUGGCCUUUUGCCCCUGGCAGCGCGGACUCCUUGCCGUCGGCGGCGGCUCAAACGACCGCUGCAUCCACUUCUACCACACCCGCUCCGGCACCUGUCUUGCAACCAUCGACUGCGCAGCUCAAAUCACUAGCCUCAUCUGGUCCCAGACGCGCCGCGAGAUCGCAGCAACCUUCGGCUUCGCGCAGCCCGAACACCCCUAUCGUGUCGCCGUCUUCGCCUGGCCCAGCUGCGAACAAGUCGUUGCCGUCCCGUGGUACGACGAAAAUCGCGCGUUGUGUGCAGUUGCUUACCCGGGCGGCCCCACGAGCGGUCCGCAGACAGACGACGAUCGUGAUGGUGGGAGGGCGAGGGGUGAAGACGGUGUGUGGUCGCGGAGAGGUGUUGAGGAAGGAUGCAUUGUUGUGGCCGCGAGUGAUAUGGCGAUUCGGUUUCAUGAGAUAUGGAGUGAUCGACGGGGUAGUAUGGGCGCAGGCGGCUUGCUGGGUGGUGGCUCGAUGGGCUUGUUAGGUGGGAGUGAUAUCCUUGAGGGGCCUUAUGCUGGUGGUAUUGAAAAGCAGGGCACGAUUAUCAGGUAG